GUGGAGUGAAGGCGGACAGCAGCCGGGCAGAAGCGGGAACCCACUCUUAGACACCGCGCCGUCAGGGGCCGGUGGGUAGCUGGAAGGGUGAGGGCGUGCAUGCCACGCCCCACCGCGCUUCCAGCCGGUCCACGUGACCGCGUGCGCACGUGCUCCAGUUGCUCGGCCCCGCGGGUAGGAAAUUCGGCCUGGCUACCCCCUGCUGCUGCCCACCUAGAGGCGUCGCAGGCCCGGCGGGGAAGGCAGCAGGCCUGGGAAGCGUUGGAGACUCAGCGCCCGCCAAUCAGGACUAAGCAGCACGCAAGGGUGGGCAAGCGGCGGCUUUGCCAUGAACCCCAGGGGCCUGUUCCAAGACUUCAACCCGAGUAAGUUCCUCAUCUACGCCUGCCUCCUGCUCUUCUCCGUGCUGCUGCCCCUCCGCCUGGAUGGCAUCAUCCAGUGGAGCUACUGGGCCGUCUUCGCUCCCAUAUGGCUGUGGAAGCUUCUUGUCAUCGCAGGCGCCUCGGUGGGUGCGGGCGUUUGGGCCCGAAACCCUCGCUACCGCACCGAGGGGGAGACUUGCGUGGAGUUCAAAGCCAUGUUGAUCGCUGUGGGCAUCCAUUUGCUGCUGCUUAUGUUCGAAGUCCUGGUCUGCGAUAGGGUAGAGAGAGGGACCCACUUCUGGUUGCUGGUCUUCAUGCCACUCUUCUUCGUAUCUCCCGUGUCGGUGGCUGCCUGCGUGUGGGGGUUUCGACAUGAUAGGUCACUCGAGCUGGAGAUACUGUGCUCUGUCAACAUCCUGCAGUUCAUCUUCAUUGCCCUCAGGCUGGACAGGAUUAUCCACUGGCCGUGGUUGGUGGUGUUCGUGCCCCUCUGGAUCCUCAUGUCAUUCCUCUGCCUGGUCGUCCUCUAUUACAUUGUCUGGUCCCUCCUGUUCCUUAGGUCUCUGGAUGUCGUGGCAGAACAGCGGAGAACACACGUGACCAUGGCCAUCAGCUGGAUCACUAUUGUCGUGCCCCUGCUCACUUUUGAGGUUCUGCUGGUUCACAGAUUGGAUGGCCACAAUACAUUUUCUUACAUCUCCAUAUUUGUCCCUCUUUGGCUUUCAUUAAUAACUUUAAUGGCCACUACAUUUAGACGAAAAGGGGGCAACCAUUGGUGGUUUGGUAUUCGCAGAGAUUUCUGUCAGUUUCUGCUUGAAAUUUUCCCAUUUUUAAGAGAAUACGGGAACAUUUCAUAUGAUCUACAUCAUGAAGAUAGUGAAGAUGCUGAAGAAACAUCCAUUCCAGAUGCUCCUAAAAUCGCUCCAAUGUUUGGAAAGAAGGCCAGGGUAGUUAUAACCCAGAGCCCAGGAAAAUAUGUUCCCCCACCACCCAAGUUAAAUAUUGAUAUGCCAGAUUAAACUCGACUUCGAGAGUGCCCUUAAGUAUUUAGAAAUCAGACACACGUGCCCAAAAUCCACCUUACUUUUGCCUUUUAAUCCAUCCCAAACCUAGAACUGAAACCAGGCUCCAAACACCGUCAUCUCAUGCCUUGUUGGAGUUUGAUGCCUCACGGUGACUCAUCAGUAUUCGCCAUAGAUGUAGGGGGUUAUAUGAAGAUACAGCAGUGUGUGUGACAUGUGAGAGAAUUCACUGUCUGGGUGGGUGCUUAAAGAGCUGGCUGGGAGCAGUAAAUUGAAUUGUUUGAGUAACAGCUAGGAUUUUGUUUUUUGGGGUUUUUUUUUUAAGUUGUAUUACAACUAUCGAAAGUUGUUAUAAAAAGUAUUUUUGUACACUGCUAGCCUAAAAUUGUAUUUCAGAUUGUGCCUGUUGUGACAUAAUUGAUAGCAAAUGUAAAGAAUUCUCUCUUCCUUUCUUGUGUAUAAACCUCAUAGUUGUUAUUUUUAGUGUUCCUACUGUUAAAAUAAUUUUUCUUUGGGCUUUACUGAUACUGGUCUUUGAUAGCCUAGUAGGAGAAUUUUUCUAAUGCAGUGAAUCCAUACAUAUGAUAUUUAUAUGAAUAUUUUAGUAAUGUAAUAUAUAUGUCGAAUUAUAGUUCUAUGCAGCACACUAUAUUAUGUUGAAGUAUUUUUUUAAGUUUAUAUGUGAAAAUAUAUGUCUAUUGCAGAUGUUCUUAAAGGUCGUUUAAACCACUCAUGUGUAUCCCAUGUAGGGUCUAUUAGAGUAUUAGGCAUGAAUACAGAGAUUGAAAAUCCCCAGGAUCUUAAUAGUCAGGUGUGAGAUGACUCAGUCUGCACAGUUUUAAGUUCCCUCUUAGAAGAAGAGAGACCACCAUCUUUUGGGAACAGAUGACAUACUCCAGUGUGGUGCCAGACCCUAAAGGGACACUGAAAUCAGCACCUUGAAUUUUCCCACACAGGUGGUAACAUCUGUUCAGAGACAACUGAAGUAAGCAACAAGUGGUUUGUGCAUUUCUAAGGAUAUUACAGUAUUAAUUGGCCGUAACAUAAAGUGUUACUUGUUAUCGGACAACUCAAGAUAAUGGCCUUAACCAGACAUGGCCAACAGGGUCAGGUAUUAUUUUAAGGUCCAAACUUUUUGAACUGUCAGCAACAGGAAAAUAAGUUUGAGGUUUUUGUUUUCUGGGGGCUGUGUGUGUGUGUGUGUGUGUUUAGUAAGUUUAAUGUUUCUGUAAGUACUGGUGAUACCCAGGGAAUCAGAAAGUCAAAAACCAGAUCCUGCGAGAGUAAUGUUCUUCUGACUGAGAACAAAUAAAUACUUUCAAAAGGUGAUUAAAAUAAAAAGGAAUAUUGAUAUUGUUAUGGGGGAGAAGCCUGAAGAGAAUUCAUUUUUAUUAGCAACCUAGUAAAAGUGAUCUAAAUUGAGCUCCAUAUGAAUUAUGUAAAUAAGUUACAGGUGAGAGGGCAUGCUAGCAACAAAUGCUAGCAAUAACAGCCAACCAUGGGAACCUGGGUACCUGAAAGCCUGAGGGUGCUGCAGCUCAGUGUAGUCAGCUAGGACUGAGCCAAGGUUACAUACCUGCACACACUGUCAGUUUACACCAGAAUGUGGGAAGCAGGCCUGAACUGCAGUGGAUAUAACAUUUUGUAAGCAGAGAUUCAUUCAUUCAUUUUCUCAAAUAUUUGUUGAGAACCUACCCACUCUCAACAGACACAGAGAGCCAGACAUAGUGCUAGGAAGUCCAGAUACGUUGGAGAGCAAUCCACAUGUGGCUGCCCACGUGCACAAAGUGUACAAUUAAAAGUGGCAAGAAGAUUGGGCCAAUCACAGCAGUCUACCUGUGGAAGGUGAGCCAAGAGCAGGAUAUGCAAAAUGCAUGGAAGGAUGCUACUGGCCUCAGGGUGACCUUCAGACCCAUCUUUGUUUUCAGGAGCCCAGGGUCCCUGAUCACCCCUCCAUCCACAAAUCAUAUCAAACAUGUACUUACUCUUCAGUGAGGUUUAGGAGUAGAAGAGGAGGUUGCUGGAAGAAUCGAUGGGCAGAUUUGGGGGCAGCAUGGGAUUACCAGUGUCAUGCUAGGGGUUCACUGGGCCUGGAACAGUCUCCUAACCUGACCUGCUCUGCCCCAAAGCAGCCUACUGUUGGAGAGCCCAUGGUUGAGUGUAAUUACAAGCUUUCUCACCCAGGUAGGUCAUCCCCUGUCAGACCCCUUUCCUGUCUCAAGAAAAUUAUUCAGUCUGCAAAUUAGUGCAGUUUCAGCUGUGCCUGGGGAUCUACCUGAUUGCCAUGCACCUCUGAGUAUUCACAGUAUUUAGCAUGUGUCAAUUCUGUAACUAGUUUUUCCUAUAUGAUGCUGUAUUAGUCAGAUUUUGCUGCAAGAUAACC